GACUGACAUUUUCUUUUUUCGCACGCUUUGCCGUACCCGCUGAAAAUUCCCAGAAAAUUGUGAUUUUCGCCAAAUAAACUUAACUGAAACCGUUUGCAAAAAGCGCGUCCCUCCGGGACGGUGUGUGGUGUACCACAAUGGCCGGCGGUUCGGGCUCCAAGGUGGUGCAAAUCACCAAUAUAGCCCCGCAAGCCACCAAGGACCAGAUGCAGACGCUUUUCGGCACGGUCGGUAAGAUUGACGAGAUCCGGCUGUAUCCGACCAUCCGCGAUGUGUCAUGUCCGGUCGUGUCCCGCAUUUGCUAUGUGAAGUACUUCGAAAGCAGCUGCGUUGCGGUCGCCCAACACCUUACCAAUACGGUAUUCAUCGACCGAGCUCUGAUCGUCAUACCCGUGCAAGGUGGUAUGAUUCCGGACGAGUAUAAGGCGCUUGAAAUGGCGGCCAACGGUACGCUGGUGCCCGGUCUGCACAGCAUCAACGCUCCUUCGAAGCUUCCGCCGGAGGUGGUAAAUCGGAUCGACGGCAUGAUACCGAAUCAGGUGGUCAAGACGAUCGACCCGAAGCUGGAGGAGCACGGCCUACCUGAGUAUCCACCGUUGCCGGUAAACUUUGACGCUAAGAAGAUCGAGGAAACGCGCCGCACCGUUUUGGUGUUGGACAUUCGCUCCGAUUGGCGUUUGGAGGAGCUGAUGGAACACUUCAAGCCGGCCGGUGAAAUUAAGUACGCCCGCUACGCCGAGAACGAACGCAGCCGGUUUGCUUUGCUGGAGUUUUGCGACCAGCGGAACAUCGUGAAUGCAUUAAAAAUGCACGGUACCGAGUUUCGGGGCUACCGCUUGAACGUGCACCAUUCAACGCAACCGAUCGUCAAGCCGGAAGCGAAGAGCAACGAAGCGGCCCAGAAGGAAAUCGAAGAAGCGAUGUCGAUCGUAAAGGAAGCGCAAAGCAUGAUAUCGGCUGCAAUCGAACCCGUGAUGAGCAUAUUUUCGAAGGAUAAAGCCGGAAGCCGACGCCGGUCCCGCUCCCGGUCUCGUUCGAAGGAGCGUCGUUCAUCGCGAUCCCGUUCUCGGAAGCGCUCUAAGUCACGCAGCAAACGGUCGCGAUCCCGCAAGCGUUCUCGAAGCCGAUCGAAACGUUCCCGCUCCCGGCGUUCACCAUCACGCAGCAAACGUUCGAGGUCGAAAUCGAAACGUUCACCGUCUCGCAGCAAACGGUCCCGUUCACGAUCCAAACGUUCUCGUUCGCGCGACCGACGUAAACGUUCGCGCUCGCGCCGCCGCAGCCGCACGCGUUCCCGCGAACGAUCGUCCCGUGCUAGACGCUCUCGAUCACGUUCCAAGAAACGCUCCCGUUCUCGGGAGCGCCGUGAGCGCAGCCGGGACCGCAAGAAGUCGCACCGCAACAAAGAGGAACGUCGCCGACGCUCGCGGUCGCGGUCACGCAGUCGCAAACGGUCCACCUCUCGUAGUCGCGCGAGUCGCACGAAGGAUGCCACCGCCAAGUCAUCCUCCAAGCGCCGUAGCCGCACACCAUCGGACAAACGGUUGAAGAAAAUUUUGGAGGAAACCGUCAAUCGUGAUUACGACGCCGAGGAACGCAUGGCCGGAGCGAAUGUAGAGGACGACGCGGGCAGCCCUAGCAAGCAGUCGGCAUCACCACCGGCGGCCACCACCGGAAACGGAGGCUCAACAUCAUCUUCCUCCUCCUCGGGACCGGCAGCGGCAGCAACAGCUGGGUCGACAACCACCCGCGAGAAAACCGCCAGCCCGACGACGGAAAAGUCUGACAACAUGGACAUUUCGAACUCUCCGUAAACUCCUUCGAAUCGAAAAGCUUUCGAUUAAGCUCUUGAUGUUGGUGGUAUGCAUUAUGCACCCCUGAAAUUUGCUAUUACUUUCUUUUUCCAAAAGAUUCGCAAUAAUCGGUGGAAUGAGGCGUGGAAUUCUUUCGCUUCUUUACCGCUCCAGUACGUCUUAUUUACUGUCUGUCUGCGUCCAAGAUUAGAUUUAUGUAUUAAUCUAACUCCCCAAUAUGCGCUAGCCAGCGGGCGAGCAUAAUUCAAUAAUUUUUCUAAUAAAUCUCUUGCGACCUCAAACCAG